AAUUAUGGACGCAAAGUGCUAUGUUAUUGAUAUUAUAGUGUUUUAGAUAUAAUUAUAAAAUGGGACGAAGAUUUAUGCAGGGUACAGAGUCCGUCAAGCAAAAUAUACCGAGUCACAAAGAGAAGAAAGGGAGAAAGAAAAGCCGGAACAAAGCGAAAGAGAAUCAGUCGAUGUCUCAGCCGCCAAUUUUCAUUCGUCAAUCAAAGGACGAUGGGAGUACAACCCUGUCUAUCCUUGCACCUGGAGACGGAUUGGUUCCAGGAACAGAGAAAGAUCGUCCAAUCUCUCUCGGAAAUCUAAUAGGUCGAGUUAGAGUGGGGACUUCUUAUUUGGUCGGGUUCAGAGAAGAUAAACGGAACAUCGUUAAGGCAAUGUAUCCGAUAAACUACAAUUUCUUCUCUAGCUACGGGCCUAGCUAUGAUUCAACCUUCUCCAACCUAACCCUAGAGGAAACCCAGCUGGUUCAAACCGGAGUCAGGUUUAACAAACAAACAGAGGAAUACGCAGACAUUAUCAGGACUGUCAGCUUGGAGGAUUACACGCACACCUUCGUGGAUCAUCUAAUCAACAUCCUGGAGGGAGGAGCCGAUGACAAGGAGGAAGAGAGGAUGGAAGGGAAUGAGAAGGACGAGGAGACGAUGGAAGUUGAGGAGGCUCAAAAUGUGAAAGAAAAUGAUUGUGAGGAAAUGAAAGAUCUGGCUCAGACGGCAGAUAUCGGAGAGGAUAAGAAAAAAGAAAUCACUGUGGAAAAUUCCGAGAAACCGAUAGAAAAUGGAGUUAACGGCGAAGAACCCGUAAACGGAAAAGAGAAGGAUAACGAUAAUGAAGAGAACAAAAAUGAAAAAGUGGAAGCCACAAAACAAGAUCUAGAACUUGCAAAUCUAAAUGAAAGUCAGAAAAAUGUUAGUGAAAAUGAAGAAAUUGACUUCGAGGGGAUUCGGUCGCUGUCUGCCGACGGAAUAGACAUAAGUUUCUUAGAGAAUCUACAAAGCGCAUACGAAGCAAGAAAUCAACAAAAACCCGCCGUUACCGUCGAUGAACGUCUCCAGUUGACAGCAGAGCUUCUCGAAAGUUUGAAAAACUGCCAAAGUUCGCGACUAGCCGUAUGUCCAGCCUCGAAUCUAAAUCAGGUUCUGAGCCCAAGUGAGGUUGAGAUGCGUCUGGCCGGCCAAGUUCUAGAUAAUUUGACCUCUAUCCUCCAGCACACUGAGCCAGGCCAGGUUGUUAAUGUCGCGUCUAUUCGUCAAGCGAUGGGGGUUAACUUUAGUUCAAGCACUUUUGAGAAUUCAUAACAUCCCCUGAGUUUGUUUCCAUUAAGACACUAUAGACGCAAUUCUGUGUGAUUCUCCAAAUAAAGAAUGACAUGUUCUCUAGACUCAAAUUGAUCAAGGAUGCCGGAGAUAUCAUUAUUUUUCUAGAUUAAAAAUGAAUUUUAAAUUAGUGUUUCUCUUUCGCAACAUAAAAAAAGAUAACACUUCAAAAAAUGAAAUGGACGAUAGUUUUCGCUUUUUUGUUUAUAUAUAUUUGCAAAUUGAACAUUUCAAUUUAGAAAUCCCAGAAGGUCACUUGAAGUUACGUCUACAGUUCGUUCCUUUUAACAUCAGAUCUAUUAAAGUAUACUAAAUAAAUCCUCUUAUUUUUAGAGAACAAAAAAAUGAAAUUAAUUUAAUUAUUAUUAUUUUUUAUCCCGUAAAUUAACAUAUUUUAACUCCAGCUGGUUUUUCUUCCAAUCCUCACCUCUUACAACUUUCUGAAAGUUGCCUGAUAUGUACAAAUUGACUUUUAAUACACAAUUAAACUUGCUUUUAUUGUACAAUUCUUGUUGUAAAUUCUUUGAGCAGUGUACGCUGUACGAAGUACACGUAUGUUUUAAAUUGACCUGUAUUGUAAUGUUUGUAUUUCCUUAAAGAUAUUAAUUAUGUAAACCAUCACACUCCUAUAUCGAUGUUGGGUACACUGUACAGUGUACUGUGCACUGCACACGAGUGUUGGGCAGCGAAGUAAACAUUAAAUUCCUUGCUCAGAAAUAAAUGCUAUACUGUAUUGUACCGUUCUGUACUGUGCUGGGCUGUACUGUACUGUACUGUACUGUACUGUACUGUACUGUACUGUACUGUACUGUACUGUACUGUACUGUACUGUACUGUACUGUACUGUUCUAUACUGUUCUGUAUUAGUCGUUUCGGUUCUUAGACGGAAGUUCAAGAUUUCUUAGAACUUGCAUUCAAAUUUAAAUACUAAGAAAGAAUUAUAAAUCAAUUAGUAUAUUCUCAAAUCACUUAGUACUUAUGUUUUAAUAAAUAUGAAUUGAA